AUGCCUUCCAGAAUCAUCGUCAUUGGCAGCGGUUUUGCUGGCCUCUACAGCGCCCUUUCCGCAAGGCGUCUCAUCAUCAUGCAUCGUAAAGAGAACCCGGAAAUUGCAGACAUCGAAGUCUGCGUCAUUGCCCCCGAGCCUAGUCUGGUGAUAACGCCUCGCCUGUACCUCGCCAAUCCCGAGCGCAUGACUGCUCCCCUGAACGACCUAUUCAAGGCAACAGGCAUUCGUUUCAUCCGAGGCUACGUUGAAAAGAUCCUUCCAGAGGAUAAACAAGUGCGAAUUGCUGCUACAGACGGCUCAAGCUUCAGCGAGACUUACGACCGCCUGAUUGUAGCUGCCGGGAGCCAGCUUGCCCACCCCGACAUCCCUGGGCUUAAAGAACACAGCUUUGCGGUCCACAGCCUGGAAAAGGCGGUAGAGCUAGAGAAGCACCUGAGAGGCCUGCCGUAUUUACCCGAGAGUGAGGCUCGCAACACAGUCGUCGUUUGCGGUGCAGGAUUCACCGGUAUAGAGGUCGCCGCAGAGCUCCCGGCCCGUUUGAGAAAUAUACUCGGAAAGGACACCUCAUUCCGCGUUGUCAUUGUCGAUCGCAACAACGAGGUCGGACCCGAGCUUGGCCCUGGUCCCCGGCCGUUCAUCAAUGAAGCACUUCAGUCCCUGGACGUAGAGACCCGCCUCGGCUCAGGGGCUACGGCUGUGGAUGCCGACGGCGUCACCCUCGCAUCCGGAGAGAAGAUCCAAGCCGCUACCGUAGUCUGGACGGCCGGUGUGCGAGCAAGCCCGCUUACAGAUCAGGUGCAGGUCAAGAAGGACGGGCUCGGCCGGCUCACAGUGGACGAGAACCUGCAGGUGAUCGACAUGCCCGGAGUAUACGCAGCCGGAGACGCGGCGCACGCCAAGACCGAUGCAGACGGCCACUCGGCCAUGAUGUCGUGCCAACACGCAAUGCCGCUCGGGCGUGUGGCGGGGAACAACGCGGCGGCCUCGCUGCUGGGACUGGACCCGACGCCGUACUCACAGCCGUUGUACGUGACCUGUCUAGCGCUGGGUAGCUACGGUGCCCUUAUCUCUCGGGGAUGGGAUCGGCAGGUCAUGUUCGCAGGACCCAAGGUCAAGCCGUUGAAGCAGUACAUCAACCGCGUGCUCAUUUACCCACCCGGAGCGAACGAGGUCGAGGCCUUUGCUGCUGCGGAUCCGGGUUGGAAAUUUCCCCAAUUCCCUGCAGUACCUUUGCCGGCUCAUUGA